AAUAUAACAAUGCCAUUUGUCAACCUGUGCACUCUUUCCAUCCUCCUCUCGGUGACGACAUUGACCUUGGCGGGCGUUACGAGUGGUGUCGCGCAGAUAAGGUUCGGUGUUGCACAAGGCAAUGGAAUUUUGGCGCUUAGAAACAGCGUGGUCGCGCAACACGGAGAUAAAGAGUCACCUCACAAGUUGGGACUGCUGAAAGUUGAGGUGAAUGGGAUGGAUGCAAUUGACUCCGCAAUACUGCUGCCCGACGAGAAGGAUGCUUGCCCGCCUGGAUAUUUUCACUGCAACACUACCGCACAGUGUGUGCCGCAGCGUGCGAACUGCGAUGGGAGCGUCGACUGCGAUGAUGGGUCGGACGAGUGGAACUGCGUGAAUGAGGCGGAUGCCAAGUACUGGGAUCACUUGUUUCGUAAAAACUCGUUCGGACGUCAGGGCAUGGAUGACAAACAUAUUGGCGAUUGUUCCUGGACGAAUACGAACUUCAGUUGUCCUUGUCGCGGCGAUGAGAUUUUGUGUCGUUUUCAGAAACUGACGUCGCUGCCAACUCAUCUGCCCACCAACAGUCUGACAACGCUUGACCUUACUGGCAACCAUUUUGACGUCAUCAACGAAACCUUCUUCAGCGCCCUGCCCGAUGUGGAGAGCUUGGUGCUGAAGUUUUGCUCAAUCCGUGAGAUACUUCCGCAUGCAUUCGAUAGACUGGCCGCCAUUCCACUAAAGACACUUUAUAUGGAUGAUAAUAAAUUAUCGCGUUUACCAGAGCAUUUCUUUGCCCCAGGCAAUCAAUUGAGAAUUUUAAUUUUGGCACGCAAUCAUCUGAGCAGCCUUAGCACUGACGAUUUUCGUUAUCUGCAGCGAUUGGAGGAGCUCGAUCUGCGCGGUAAUCUCAUUGGGCAUUUUGAGGCACCGGUUUUUGCUCAACUUCAGAACUUGGAGGUGCUCUACUUAAAUGAGAAUCGCUUGAGCCAGCUGCAUCCAGGCAUGUUUCCCAGCAGUUUGCUCCAUCUGCACACGUUGUCCUUGGCGCAAAACCAAAUCGCCAGCAUUGCGGCGAAAACAUUCACAUUUCCUCGACUGCGACACUUAUUUCUGGCCGGCAAUCAAUUGUCUUACAUACGCGACGGAACCUUCUGUAACCUUAGCCAUCUGCAAGGAUUACAUUUGAAUGAGAACCAAAUCGAGAAAUUCGAUUUGCAUGCCUUUGACUGCUUGGAGAAUCUGAGCUCCUUGCUGCUGACGGGUAAUCGCUUUAAGACCCUCGAUCCGGCUGUGCUGCAAAAUCUGAGCAGUCUUCACUUUAUCUACUUCUCGUGGUUCCAUUUGUGCCGCGCCGCGUUGCAUGUGCGUGUUUGUGAUCCCCGUGGCGAUGGAAUCAGCAGCACUUAUCACCUGCUCGACAAUCAGCUACUGCGCGGCAGUGUUUGGGUGAUGGCCUCAAUUGCAGUGGUUGGCAAUUUACUUGUGUUGGCUGGUCGCUAUUUUUACAAGUCACGCAGCAAUGUGGAGCAUUCACUUUAUUUGCGCCACCUGGCGGCCAGUGACUUCCUGAUGGGCAUCUACCUGACGCUCAUCGCCUGCGCCGACAUCAGUUUUCGCGGCGAGUAUAUUCAGCACGAGGAAACCUGGCGACACAGCGAACUCUGCGCCUUCGCUGGUUUUCUGAGCACCUUCAGCUGCGAGUCUUCAACACUGCUGCUCACAUUGGUUACAUGGGAUCGGCUGAUGUCCGUUACGCGGCCCCUCAAGCCACGCGAUACGGAAAAAAUUCGCAUUGUAUUGCGCCUGCUGUUGGUGUGGGGCAUCAGCUUUGGACUCGCUGCAGCCCCUCUGCUGCCCAACGAUUACUUUGGAGAGCACUUCUAUGGCAACAACGGAGUCUGCCUCUCGUUGCACAUACACGAUCCCUAUGCCAAGGGCUGGGAGUACUCGGCGCUACUGUUCAUCUGCAUCAACACAAUCUCGUUGGUCUUCAUACUGUUCUCGUAUGUGCGCAUGUUGCAGGCGAUACGCGACUCUGGCGGCGGCAUGAGGAGCACGCAUAGCGGACGCGAGAAUGUAGUUGCCACACGGUUUGCCAUCAUUGUGACGACAGAUUGCGCCUGCUGGCUACCCAUUAUAGUGGUCAAAAUAGCCGCACUUUCAGGUUGUGUCAUCUCACCGAACUUAUAUGCCUGGCUGGCGGUGAUGGUACUGCCGGUUAACUCGGCUUUGAAUCCGGUGCUCUACACGCUGACGACGGCCGCCUUUAAGCAGCAGCUGCGUCGCUAUUGCCACACGCUUCCCACCUGCUCGCUGGGCAACAAUGAGACGCGAUCCCAGACGCAAACGGGUUAUGAGUCCGGGUUGAGUGUGAGCUUGGCGCAUUUGGGCAACGCUGGCAUUGGUGGAUCGGGACGCAAGCGUAUGUCGCACAGGCACAUGAGCUACCUUUAGGCUGGGGUUAGGUGGUUGGUGUGUCCGA